CUCGUACACACCUUCACCUGCACAGACUUGAAAGUCCAGUUUCACCAGAGACUGAGGCACCAGGAAAAGGGGAGAGAGUUCAUUGGAUCAAACAUGUCACAAGAGUCGGACAAUAAUAAACGACUCGUUGCUUUAGUGCCGAUGCCAAAUGACACACCAUUCCACACCCGCCGGGCUUACACCAGUGAGGAUGAAGCCUGGAAAUCCUACCUUGAAAAUCCCCUGACUGCUGCAACCAAGGCGAUGAUGAGCAUCAAUGGAGACGAGGAUAGUGCUGCUGCUCUGGGCUUACUGUAUGAUUAUUACAAGGUUCCUCGAGAUAAAAGGUUGCUCACUGUUUGCAAAGCUAGUGACAGUCAAGAAGAUCAAGAUAAAAGAAACUGCCUUGGGACUAAUGAAGCCCAGAGCAACCUGAGUGGAGGAGAAAACCGAGUACAGGUCUUAAAGACUGUUCCAGUUAACCUUUCUUUGAACCAAGAUCACCUGGAGACCUUAAAAAGGGAACAAUACAGUGCAAAUGUGUCUGAGGGUUCAGCAGGCUGUGUGGCAGGAGUAGUUGUGGUGAAGGCUGAAGAGUUUACACCCGUCUUCAUGGCCCCAUCUGUGCACUAUCCAAGAGGAGAAAGUGAGGAAUCCCGUGGUGUCAUCUUUGAGCAGAAUCAGUAUGAAGUCCCCAGCAUGGCUCCUCAUGCCAACUAUCUCAAGGACGACCAGCGAAGCACACCUGACAGCACUUACAGUGAGACUUUCAAAGAUGGCGCUACAGAGAAAUAUCGAAGUGCUUCAGUGGGGGCUGAAGAAUACAUUUAUGAACAAACAGCAAGUAGCACGUUUCAGUAUACUUUGGAAGCUACCAAAUCCCUACGUCAGAAACAAGGAGAAGGACCCAUGACGUAUUUAAACAAAGGACAAUUCUAUGCCAUCACCCUGAGUGAGACAGGAGACAACAAGUGCUUCAGACAUCCCAUCAGCAAAGUUAGGAGUGUGGUGAUGGUUGUUUUCAGUGAAGAUAAAAAUCGAGAUGAGCAGUUGAAGUACUGGAAGUAUUGGCACUCUCGACAACAUACAGCUAAGCAAAGGGUACUUGACAUUGCAGACUACAAGGAAAGUUUUAAUACAAUUGGAAACAUUGAAGAAAUUGCGUACAAUGCUGUUUCUUUCACCUGGGAUGUCAACGAAGAGGCAAAAAUUUUCAUCACUGUGAAUUGCUUAAGUACAGAUUUCUCCUCCCAAAAAGGGGUGAAAGGGCUUCCUUUGAUGAUUCAGAUUGACACGUACAGUUACAACAACCGAAGCAAUAAACCCAUUCACAGAGCUUACUGCCAGAUCAAGGUCUUCUGUGACAAGGGAGCAGAAAGAAAAAUCCGUGAUGAAGAGAGGAAGCAGAACAGAAAGAAAGGAAAAGGUCAAGCAGCACAGACCCAGUGCAACAACUCCACCGAUGGGAAGUUGACAGCAAUCCCCUUACAGAAAAAGAGUGAUAUCACCUACUUCAAGACAAUGACUGAUUUGGAUUCUCAACCUGUUCUAUUCAUACCAGAUGUUCACUUUGGAAAUUUACAGAGGACUGGGCAGGCAUAUUACAACACCGAUGACGAGCGAGAAGGUAGCAGUGUCCUUGUUAAAAGGAUGUUCAGGCCAAUGGAAGAGGAGUUUGGUCCACCACCUUCUAAGCAGAUGAAAGAAGAAGGAAUGAAGAGAGUGCUUUUGUACGUGAGGAAAGAGACCGAUGAUGUAUUUGAUGCUUUGAUGUUAAAAUCGCCCACAGUAAAAGGACUAAUGGAAGCGAUAUCUGAGAAAUAUGGGUUGCCAGUGGAGAAGAUUGCAAAACUUUAUAAGAAGAGCAAAAAAGGCAUCUUGGUGAAUAUGGAUGAUAACAUCAUCGAGCACUACUCCAAUGAGGACACUUUCAUCCUUAACAUGGAGAGCAUGGUGGACGGCUUCAAGAUCACUCUGAUGGAAAUCUGACUGACCCUGCAAGCCCCCUCUGCAGGAACCGUCACUUCAUUUCAUCCCCAGAGAAAAGCAAGCCCUACCCCACCCCAAGAACCCUGCAGACCCAUGUCACCCAUCUGAGAAAUGCUGUUACAAGACUGCUUUGGGGAGGGGAAACAAAGGAAAAAAAAAAGCCCUUUUUAGUGUCGUGGAGCCUAUGGCUCAUUAAUCAGGUCACUGGGGCAGAGCUGAAGGAAGCCUGGUUUUCUGAUUGAAUCCCAGCUGGGAAGGUACCUCCAGGCUCUUGGCUCCUUAUUUAUUGCCCAUUGCUCUCCAGGGCCAGCUGGUGGCUUGGACUCCGUAGGUAGCUUCUGGCUAUGGAGAGAUCCAUCCUCAGGAUGAGACAGUCUAGGGCCUUCCCCACUGAGGGAAAAGCAUCUGAUUGGUUCAGCUGGGGAAAGCUGGAACGUUUUAGUUAUUCCCUUUUCCCCACGAUGUGGCCGGACAAAGUGGGCUACUCCAUAGUAGAGUUAACCCAGUGGCACAAAGAGUCCAAUAGUCCCAUUCACCAGUCAGAAAACCCCUUCCAUUGCCCUGGGGAAGGCAGUUUUGUCAAAUACCUCUGGAAGCUCCCAGCAAGUGGCCCACAGGGACUUGUACAGAAAGAUGUUCAGCUACCAUGUAAUUUGUAAGUGACCUGAGAAGUAUGGCUGUUUAGCGUCUGUACAUAAUGUUUAUAAUAUUUCAAUAAUAUAUUUUACCUACUGUA